CUGAUGCGUGUCAUUGUGCUGUGAUCACAGAAAUAGAAUACUAUUUAAACUCGUGACCAUAGCUAAAUAUGACGGACGAAAGUUGGAUAGACCAGAACAAAAUCAAAAGUUACGAAUUUCUACUUGAACGUUUGGUAGGAGGAAAGAUGGCUGUGUACAUUAAGAAAUUUGAAAUACUCCAAAAAGAGACAGCCAACUCCAUCAUGCUUAGCGAUUGUGUGCCAGUCAUAAUGGACCUAAUCACAUGCGAUCUGAAUGUAGACAAAGCAUUACGACAAUCAUUGCUCCGUAGUCUUGUUCAAAUGGUUGUUUCGUCGGAAAAUGUUGUACAAAAGCUCUCGGCUGCAUGGAAAACAGAUGUCCUGUUGGGAAACCUGGUCCGAGUCAUGCGUGAACACGUCAUGACACAAUACAAACACUAUCAACUAUAUACACAUAAUGUGGUCAUCGUGAUGAAGUGUUUGGCACAAGUUAUGAAAAACAACAAAUUUAAAGAGAACAAGUUCAUCCAGACCACGUAUUUAGUGGGUAAAGAUAGUUGUACUAUGUUAGAUGUACUUCUGAAACCCAUGCAGUAUCUAGUAAGCAUGAAUAAGAUGUUUAACGAUUUGGGUUGUUUGUUGCUGAACACCGAGGAUACAAACUAUUUAGGCGAAAUAAAACGUUAUUUAACUCAGGUUUUUAACAAGAUCCAGAGCAAACUCGAUCUAGUAUCGGAAAUUAUCGAUCAAAUAAUUAAACAGUAUGAGGGACGGUGCAACAAAACAAAAUUAGCCGAUGAAAAAUGGAAAAAAAUAAAAGACAAACUCGUACACAUUUUUGAAAUCACCAUUGUUGCACCUUGUUCGUUUACUUUCAAUUUAUAUUUAAAUUACUAUUUUCCUAACGAAGAACACCUAAAUGAGUAUUUAAUCACUUUAAUUAUAUAA